AUGGCAACUCGAAGGUCUGCCCGGUUAAGUGCUCUGGCCGCAGCCCAGCCCAACGACACGGCUGCUCCCAUACUCCCUCCGCCGGCACCUGCUUCCAAGUCCCGGAAAAGGAAAGUCAGCAUUGAGGACAAAGAGCCGUCAUCAUCAUCAACAAUAGAACCACAACUACCAUCAACUCCUCAAAAACGGAAAGUCUCAAAGAAGGGAGCACCACCACCGGCAACCCCAACACCAGCCGCCGCAGCCCUCCUAUCCUCUUCCGCUGCCGGUGCUCAGAAGAAGCCCAAACCCGCCGCCGUCUCCCGUCUAGCCGACCCAAACAAGACCAACGCCCCUUUACUCUCCCCUCAAACCUCACGAGUGGUCUCUUCCAGUCCCAUCAAACCGAGAGAUGAUACCGAAGAAGGCGUUUCCCCAUCUAAGGAACCUCUCAGGAAUCAGACCAAGGAUGACAUCACAACAGAAAACAUCCUCGAAAAAGCCUGCGCCCACCUCAUCGCCGUCGACCCGCGCAUGAAGCCUCUCAUCGACAAACAUCCCUGCCGCAUCUUCAGUCCCGAAGGCUUAGCAGAACAAAUCGACCCGUUCGAGAGUCUAGUCAGCAGCAUCAUUUCUCAACAGGUGAGCGGGGCAGCAGCGAAGUCGAUAAAGGGCAAGUUUGUCGCUUUAUUCGAUGAUCCCUCUCUAGACCAAGAUCAAGACGACGAAGAUGGCAAAGAUACCCCCCCAGGCCACCCUGCCGAAGACCAACCAUCAUCAAAACGCCGAAAACGCCGUUUUCCCACCCCCUCCCUCGUCCUCCAAAAAGACCUCCCCACCCUUCGCACCGCAGGCCUCUCCCAGCGUAAAGCCGAGUACAUCCACGGCCUCGCCUCCAAGUUUGCGUCAGGCGAAUUAUCCGCCUCCCUUUUGGCGUCCGCCCCUUACGAUGAGCUGGUAUCCAAACUCGUCGCCGUUCGCGGGUUAGGACUAUGGACCGUCGAGAUGUUUGCGUGUUUCGCGCUCAAGCGUAUGGAUGUUUUUUCACUGGGCGAUUUGGGCGUGCAGAGGGGUAUGGCGGCUUUCGUGGGGAGGGAUGUGAAGAAACUUAAGAAUGGGAAUGGAAAGGGGAAUGGAAAAGACAAAAAGUGGAAGUAUAUGAGUGAGGGAGAAAUGAAGGAGAUUAGUGAGAGGUUUAGGCCGUAUAGGAGUUUGUUUAUGUGGUAUAUGUGGAGGGUGGAGGAGACGGAUGUUAGUAGUAUGGAGUAG